UUUAAGUAUAAUAAUAUAUAUUUUGUGUACGUUUUAAAUUGUGCUAAAAACAUGAAUGUGGAGUACUUUUCGGAGGGACUGGAGUGUCUGAUGUAUUGUGGCAGAAAACUGUCGCCAGAGCAGCGCAUUCUUAUUGAGAAUUCGCUGAUUGUGCUGCUGCAGGAGAAUCGAUUCUCGGGCAUGUAUUUCUGGGGACGCAUUACGGCUACAAAAAAUGAUUAUUAUAUUGCCUUUGGCUAUACAAAUGAUUGUCUGAAGGAUCGCAAAUAUUUCUAUAGCCUGGAUCAAUAUCAAUGGCAGCUGUUGCCUUUUGUGCAAAGUCCGAAAAUCUUUCAGGCCACCGUAUUGGCACCUGAACCCUUUGUUGGUGAUCCCAGUCUGCUAACCUACGUCAAGCUGGAUCCAACAUUUAAUAUUGUGGCCAAUCAAGUUGUAAGCAUUAGUCGCCCUGAGGUUAUCAAGUUGAAGGAGGAGGAGCGCCUGGCUGCAAUAGUCUUCAUUAUAAGCGAGGAAUGCGCCAUUUGUCCACGUGGUGCCCUAUACAAAAUGGUAGACGGACGUGUCAUGCCCAAUCAGAUGUUUCGCGGUCUCAAUGAUUUGCAGAUUGAUAAUCUUUCAUACUAUCAACUCUAUCGUUUGCCGAGAAAUGAUUUAAAAACAAACUUGUCCAAGCGCAGUGAUUACAAUUAUGCUAUUGAUUUUCUGGAUACUAUUGAUGGUGUCAUACCACUAAGUCAGGCAUUUUCAUUGAAUAUGCAAAGCAAUGAACGCAUUGCGGUGAUCAAAUCAUGUGUCUGGCUGGGCAUGACCUUCUUCCACAAGUUAAACUCGCGAAAACAUGGAUUCCUCUAUCUGGGAGAUGGACGCAAGAACUUUGAUUUGCUAUUUAUGUAUUGAAGUUGUUAAUAUAGUUGCGGUUAUAAUCAUGAAC